AAUAUUGCCAUAGCAACAGACCUGCUACUUCAUAGCAUGCCCUGGCUCCACAAACCAGUAACUCCCUAACAUUAGCUAGCUAGCAAGCUAACAAGAAAAGCCAGCUAAAACGUGUGAUAUAGACUAACUAGGGGUUACGGCUGUACGGAUAAUUUACCAAUGUAUUUGUCAAGCUAACUAACUAAUUGCGACUGCUCUGUUUUGGAUGGCUGUUCAUCUUGAAAAUUCUCCUCAUAAUGCUAUCCUGUAGCCACCCCCUGGCGAAAUCAAUAUGGCAUCUGAUAGCUACCCAUCACAUGAGGGCAGGAAGAAGAAGAAAAAGAGUGACGAAUGUAUAAAGAGCAAAGACAAAGAGGCUGAUGUCCUGAAGGUCCAGGUGGACAUAGAGGAGCUCACAGCCUCUGGCCACAUUGCCCUAAAGCAAGGGGACUGUGAAGAAGCCCUCCGCUGUUUCAAAAAGGCCUUCAAAGCUUCCAUAGAGUUAAAGGAGACCAGAGUCCAGCAGGCAUGUGCCUUUAACCUGGGAGCUGCCUACGUGGAGGCGGGUAAAGCCCUGAAGGGGCUGGACUUCCUGAAGCGGGCCCAGCCAGGAGAGAAGGGGGAGCGGGUAGCAGACCUCCAGUUCAAUCUGGCCGUAGCCCAUGAGAUCCUGGGGAACCACGGCCAGGCGGCUGGUUACUACCUCCAGGCAGCCCAGCUGUACCGCUCCCAGGGGGACGGGGCCAGUGAGGGGGACUCCUGUAUGAAAAUGUCCCACUGUCACCUGCUCCUAAAGGACUGGACCCAGGCAGCUCAAAGCUUCCAGAGGGCUGGAGAGAGCUACAGGAUGGCAGGCAAGCUGGACUCAGCCACCAUGGCCUACAAAGAGGCAGGGAGUCACAUGCUCCAGUCAGAUGACUUCACCACAGAUGAUAUCAUCACCGUGCUCACUGAUUGCCUCGAGCUGAGCAAUAACAUCAAAGACCCAGAGUUGCUCGGUAAGGUGUACAAUGACCUGGGCCUGAUUUUCUCCCAGCUGAAAUUGUUCCAGGAGGCAGCCGGGUGCUAUGAGCGGGCCCUGCCCCUGGCCAGCACCAGGCCCAGCAGGCUGGCCGUGGUCCUACAGAACCUGGGAGCCGUUCACAACACACUGAGCCAGUACCGGCAGGCCCUGGACUACCACCGCCAGGCAGCCAACCUGCAUGGGUCUUUGGGCAGUCGUCGUGCUCAGGGCCGCUGCUUCAGUAACUUGGCCUUUGCUCUCAGUCAGCUGGGGGAGAAUGAGGAGGCAGCAGAGAACUACCUCCACGCCUUGCAGGCCUUCAAAGACACUGAUGACUAUAAGGGCCAAUGGCAGACUUGUGAGUGUUUAGGGGAAGCUCGUUUUAAGUUGAGAGACCUGGAGAGAGCCACCCUCUACUACAAACAAGCUCUGGGUUUACUGUCAAAGUGCAAGGACUCGUCCAGCUCGGUCCAGGAGCGUCUGGUCAACAAGCUGAGCGAGGCCCUGCAACACAGGCUGUCACUGAUCACCCCUGGAAAACCCCAGAGAUGUCUCGGCCCUCGUCUACACACUCAAAAUAGAAAAGCUGUUCUGAAUGGCCAUAGGGCAAAGACUGAGCCCCAAGUGAGUGGAGCUGGCUCAGCAGAGGUGUCUACCGGAGAGCCGGGGAAGGAGGAGAAUGCCCCGGGGCCAGAUGGAGAACAGGCACACUCAGUGACCAUGGGAGAAGCAGGUGACUCCCAGUCACCGGUGACAGGAUCUCUCACUGAGCAGCCGGGCUAUCGGACUGUGCUGCCAGGGGCAAACAGGAACCUGAAUAAUCAUUUUGAGCAUCCUGACCCCCAUUACCAGGACCCAUCAAACCACCCUGUACUCGCCCAGCAGAGCGAGAAUUUAUAUGAGCGCAUUAAACCGAUGACAACACAGACUAACAGUGAGACUCCAUUGUCCGAGAGCUCCGAAGUUUCACCCACUGCUGCGUCAGAUAAUGAAGAGACCAUACCCCUGUUAAAGAAACGGAAGUCCCAAAUCUGCACGGUCAUGUAGAUGCAAGUCCAGGCUAAUGUGGUUGGUUAAUUGAAAGUAUUCAUAGGAAUGACUCUAUUGAGUGUAUUUCUAUGGGUAAAAUCUGCUCUUUGCAAAUUGGUAUAUAAAAUACUAAUGCACAUGUAAGUAAGUGCUACUCUAUAAUAUUGUCUGUCUCAUCUCCUGCACGUACAAGUGUUGCCUUGUCAUUGCAUUUGUCUUCCAAACAAUCCCUGUGUGUGUAUGCUGGUCAUUGUCCCCCACAAUGAAAUCGGGGAAGGCACUUUGGAUCUGUUUCCGUCCGUUAGUAGGUUCACGUGUUAGUCACAAGCGAUAUCUCAGACAGCACUGGCCCGGUUUUGACUAAACUUGGGUGAAUGAUGCGUCUUGCCAUAGCGUUACGGCAUUUAGAAAAUUACACUGAUUGGCCAGAUGGUGGCUCUAACGAGAUUGAAAAUGCAAACUUUGAAAGGUCACGCCCCUCACCCCGUUUGACCUUAAGUCAUGAAAUGUAGUAGAUCGAUCCCUGUCUUCACAAGGAACAAGUUUGUCUCGGGACCCAUAAGUUCCGCCAUGGUGAAUUUUCCGCCAUUUUGAAUUGUGUGAAAAACAGUUAACACUACUCUUCUGUUACCGAAUGACCGAUCUGCACAAAACUUGAUAUGUGGCAUUUAUGGAAAACGAUCUCUCAAUGUAAUAUUUGACUGGUAGCUACAACAACAUGGCCGCUAUUGACCAAUAAACAUUCACGUGGGUGUGGUCUGGCACAUAACUGCAUAUAAAUCAGCCAAGAACAUUCAUAUCGACCUUGCGGUGGCGCUAUAACAGGUGGCGCUAUAACAUCUGUUGCUCUAUUUGACUUAGUGAUGAAAUUUGGCACACAUGUUUAGGGAUAUGAGCUAACCCACACGAUAUCUCAGACACCACUGGCACAAUUUUGAUGAAAUUUGGGUGAAUGAUUAGUCAUGCCAUAGAGAUCUGGCAUUGACAAAAUGACACUUAUUGGGCCGGGGGGGAAGGGGGCUAUAGUAAUCAACUGUACAUACGUUAGUCAUUCGUGGGGGAUGACAUGUUUACUGUUGCCUUAUUUCAAGGUAUCUUGGUAGUCAAUAUUCUAAGAUUGUCAUAUUGUGUAUUAUUUCUUUGAUCAUGCUAACUUAAAUCUCUGCUCUUCUCUUGAAUCAUGGUUGUACAAUUUGAAAUAAAUGUAAUCUGUUUUUGAAGUAUUUAACUCUGAUCCUUUGUAAAUUAAUAGUCACCCCAAGGCUUAACAAAGCCAUCGCCGUUGAUCAUUGCUACAAGAGAACACAAAAAAGAACGAGCACCCAGUCUGUUUUCAAUUGGUUUUCCUAAAGGGCACACUUUGAGAAAAUAGGCCUAACCUUUAAUUAAAUGCAAAUGGAGGGUAAAUUAAACUUGGCAUCUUCAAUCGACUUGUUAAACAUGUUAAUGAAACAUUUUCAUUAUGCCUCAGCUAUGGCAGAGGUCAUGUUCACAGUUUUCACAAGUCAAAUUGGGGAUGGCAAGAGUCAAUCUAUUGUAAAGAAAACACAUUCCAUGCAUUUGUUUAUGGUAAAGAGUGUUUUAAACUAAAGUGUAAGCGUUACCCAUCAAGUGUAAGCGUUACAUGGCUUGAUAAUAGGUCUACUAUUCUUUUUUUUAACUAUAUGUAAUCACAUCCUUUGCCGCUUUUCAGUGGCAAUGUAGAAAUGAUGCCAACGACGCGCAGGGAAACAUGCGUCACUCAUGAUGUAGGCUCAAGUUUACUUUGCCCAAAUGGUCAAUAAAAUCCUGCCUUUUAUUGUCAAA